AUUUUUUUUUCUCUGUUUCUCAGUAGUGUUUUCUGAUAAUUUAUGUCUUCGUUUUAUCCCACUUGACACGUUUUUUCUGUGGAAAAAACGAAUUUUGCAAAUAAAUUGAUUUUCUUUUAAUUUUGAAGACCCUUUGAAAGUGGCGGCAGCAAAGUGACCAUGGCUAAGCCCUUCCUCCUCCGAUUUGGGAACUAACCAAAAAGAUCAGUUUUUAGGGUUCUUGGUUUCGUCGAAUCGAGGAUAUUUUCUCUAUGCAGCAAUGGAUAGCAGUAACUCGGAACAGGCCGUGCUUGAUGGCAAACUCUACAGAAACAUCAAUUCUCUCAUCGUCGCACAUCUUCGGGACAACAAUCUCACCCAGGCUGCAAGUGCUGUUGCUUCAGCAACCAUGACUCCACUGAAUGUGGAAGCCCCACCUAACAGGCUUCUCGACCUGGUUUCUAAGGGUCUUGCAGCGGAAAAGGGCGACAUCACGAGAGGCACUGAUUUCUCAGCCUCACUGCCCCUGCCUCACACUGCAGCUAUUGAUUUCAGCACUGCGCCGGAUAUGAAAGGUUCCUCAAAGAGCUUCCCGAAGCAUGAAACGCGACACCUUUCGGAACACAAGAAUAUUGCCAGAUGUGCUAGGUUUAGUGCUGAUGGAAGGUUUGUUGCCACUGGAAGUGCCGAUACUUCAAUAAAGCUAUUUGAGGUUUCAAAGAUCAAGCAGAUGUUGCUGCCAGAGGCAAAGGAUGGUCCUGUGCGGCCUGUCAUUCGAACAUAUUAUGAUCAUAUACAACCAAUAAAUGAUCUGGAUUUUCAUCCACAAGGUACUAUCCUGAUUUCUGGAGCCAAAGAUCAAACAAUAAAGUUUUUUGAUAUUUCAAAAACGAAUGCAAAGAGAGCAUACAGGGUUAUCCAGGACACACACAAUGUUCGAUCUGUAUCUUUCCAUCCAUCUGGGGACUUUCUGCUGGCAGGAACUGAUCAUGCAAUUCCACAUUUGUAUGAUAUAAAUACCUUUCAGUGUUAUCUGUCAUCAAAUAUCCCAGAGACCAGCCCUAGUGGAGCCAUAAACCAGGUCAGAUAUUCUUGUACAGGUUCCAUGUAUGUUACAGCAUCUAAAGAUGGUGCUAUUAGGUUAUGGGAUGGCAUCACAGCCAAUUGUGUGCGGUCAAUAACUGCAGCACACGGAACAGCUGAGGCUACCAGUGCAAUUUUUACCAAAGAUCAAAGGUUUGUUCUCUCCUGUGGGAAGGAUUCUACAGUAAAGCUUUGGGAAGUCGGCUCUGGAAGAUUAGUCAGACAAUAUCUUGGAGCUAUACAUACCCAACUAAGGUGUCAGGCUAUUUUUAAUCAGACAGAAGAAUUUAUUAUAUUCAUAGAUGAACUGAGCAAUGAGAUCGUUAUCUGGGAUGCAAUGACAACAGAAAAAGUUGCAAAGUGGCCUUCUAAUCAUGUUGGUGCACCCCGUUGGCUUGAACACUCACCAGUUGAGUCAGCUUUUAUUUCCUGUGGAACUGAUAGGUCAGUUCGGUUCUGGAAGGAGACUGUAUAAUAAAGGGGAGGAGGCUGAAUGCAUUUACGGACAGUAUUAAAGUUAUCACUGAUUAGAAGUUAACUCAGGGAAUUCCAUUUUAUUUUUGUUUAUUCUCUGUUAUUUGUAGCCUUGCCCUGCAGAAUAGUUAAGGCUUUCAACGCUUGGAAUCAGAAGAUUGCCUAUCUCCACCGAUGUGAUCUGCUCAAAUUUUAGAGCGAUUCUAACUGUUUCAUAUUUUCAUCAAAGAAGCUUAAAGUUGGUUUGGAUGAACCUUGGCGGGUCAUUA